AUGUCCAAGUUCGGUCUGAAAAAAGUACUCGUAACUCUUGCCUCCAUUUCCGGAAUUGGGAAGCCAAGUGUUAUCCACAUUUUGGUAGUAGUUUUCCUGGAAUAUUCCGCCUGGGGCCUGCUGACAAUGCCCAUGAUAGCCACUCUAAAAGAGACCUUUCCAGAUCACACAUUCCUAAUGAACGGUUUGGUAAUGGGUGUCAAGGGAAUACUCUCAUUUCUGUCAGCACCUAUGAUUGGAGCUCUAUCGGAUAUCUACGGUAGGAAGUUACUGCUACUGAUAACAGUGAUCUUCACUUGCCUUCCGAUUCCCAUGAUGACAAUCGACAAUUGGUGGUUCUUUUUGAUCAAUUCGAUCAGUGGAGUCCUGGGCGUUAGCUUCUCAGUGGUUUUUGCCUAUGUGUCCGAUGUUACUACAAAAGAAGAACGCUCUAGAUCUUAUGGAUUUGUAUCGGCCACAUAUGCCGCCAGUUUGGUGAUUGCCCCUGAAUUGGGUAAUCUUAUUAUGGAAAUUUAUGGUCUUAAUGCUGUAGUCUUUAUAGCUACUCUGAUCUCUACGACAAAUGUGCUCUUUGUGCUGCUGGCUGUUCCCGAAAGUUUACCUAGGAAAGUUCGAUCCACUGGCUUGAGCUGGAAACAAGCGGAUCCGUUUCUUGCUCUACUAAAAGUUAGCUCAGAUCACAAUAUCGUGCUGUUGUGCAUCGUGGUCUUUAUGUUCCUGCUCCCAGAAGCUGGGGAAUAUUCGAGUGUACCGGCGUAUCUAAAGCUAACAAUGGGAUUUGAUUUCAAGGAGCUCUCCUCGUUGGUGGCAUUCAUGGCCAUUCUGAGCAUUACUGUGAACGUGACCUUGGGAUCGAUAGUUAAAACUAUAGGUGCCAAGAAAGCGAUAUUAAUGGGCCUUCUUCUGGAGCUGCUGCAGCUAAUCCUGUACGCCGUUGGAGUUGAAAAGUGGCAAAUGUGGCUGGCUGGAAAUGUGGCAGCCUUGAGUUCCAUUACCUUUCCGGCCGUCAGUGCUUAUGUUUCUCUUUACACGGAUGGUGAGAGUCAGGGAGCUGUCCAGGGAAUGAUCACAGGAAUGUCCGGAUUAUGUAAUGGCCUUGGUCCCGCCGUAUUCGGUAUCGUAUUCUACCUCUCUGACAUGGAUUUGAGUCAGGAUCGCAUUAUCAUAGGGAGUGUGAAUGGAGAUCGUACUGUUGCCGGUCCCUUUAUAUUCGGAGCCAUCUUUGUGUUCAUUAGCAUUCUAUUGGCCUCGUGUAUACCAGAUGAAAAGGACUCUAGGGAAAGGAAAGAGGAGUUCUCAGCCUUGAAAUACAUCAUCGAAAUGGAGGAGGUCGCUACAUUGUAAUAUAAAGAAAUAUUAAAACUAA